AUGCCGAACAGCUCCGACUGUGACCCCGGCGUCAGCACAACACUCCGUAUCACCAGAUCUAUAAAGAGAGCCUGCGGAGAUUGCCAUGCGCGCAAGGUCAAGUGUGAUGGUGCUAUUAACGGAUUCCCCUGUCGGAACUGCAGGCUAGCCAAGGUUCAUUGCGUUGUUCCAGAUAGACGAAAGCGCCGAGCUCGAGUGUCCGGCCAGUCUUCUACGACGGGAGAAGAGAGAUUGGCCAUUCAAACUUCGACUCAACGACGAGUAGUAUCAUCGGAGCCGGGACCUACGGAACCUAUUGCCCACGAACAUGAUGAAGGGUCUUCUCAACCUGAAGUCUCAGUCUCCCAUAGAACGGCGGAUGCAGAGUAUGCAAGACAGAAUUUAGUGGAGUUCUUCAGUCAGGACCUCCAAGAGAAGCCGAUACAAACACGCCUUACCUAUAUUGGGAGCGAUCUAUCUACUCUCGGUUAUCUUGUUCGCCAGCAGUCGACAAACCAGCGUGUUCACCACUAUCCUUCUUCGAAUAGCUACGCACCACGCAUACCUGGAUUGCAAGGCGUCCCGGCGCCCAACCUGAUUCCCAAAGAUGCGUUUGUUCUUCCACCCAGGAGUGUUUCCGAUAUCCUGAUAGGGGCCUAUUUUCAACAUAUUCAUGGCAUCUUCCCAAUCAUUGAUCAAAAAGAGUUCCUCACUCAGUAUAUAAAUCCCACUUCAGCACCACCACUACUCCUGUUUCAUGUCAUAUGUCUAGCAGGAAGCCAUGCUACGUCUACGCUUGACAACACUCAAGAACUGAAAAGUGCUUUUUUUCGUCGGGCAAAAGCGCUGUUCGAUGGGCGAUACGAGGAAGACCGGAUGCACAUGGUGCAAGCAGCCCUGCUCUUGACCUGGUUCUCCGAUGGUGGCGAUGAUGUUGGCACAAAUGCCUGGUGGUGGAUCGGAGCCGCAACACGUAUUGCUCUUGGCUUGGGGAUGCACCGAGACGUUGGCCCAAGCAAGAUGCUGGAACGAGACAAGAGAACUUGGAGGAAGAUCUGGUGGUGUCUAGUCCAAUUUGAUGUGCUCGUGUCUCUAUGUUACGGUCGGCCGCAGAACAUCAAUCUAGAUGACUGCGAUACACCACCUCUCGGAGUAGAAGAUUUCGAUGCCUCUACUGGCGAGGACGAAGUAAGCUUUUGUAUUCAUCACGCAAAGCUCUGCGCAGACAUAUCCCUUCUCCUCAGGGCUCACUUUUCCCUCAAAACCCAGAAAUCACCCAAUAACUGGAGCGCCUCUCUCCAAGCUUUGGAUGCCAAGCUUGCCGAGUGGCUCCUUAAUCUACCCUCUGCGCUACGCGACCGUGGCCAGCCAACGAGCGUGUACAAGUCAAUGCUAUUCCUCACGUACGAAACCGCCUUGAUCCAAGUCCACCGCCUACGGCUUCCUUCUACAGAUGAUAUACCUUCGAUGGAUCUGCUAGAUAAUGAUCGGAUAUGCAUAGAGGCAGCUUCUAAAAUUCUCUUCAUCUUCGAAGAGCUGGAUAAGCGUUCGGCUCUACAAAAGUGUUGGUUCUGUGCUCCCAGUGCACUAUUCACCGCUCUUGUCCAAGUUCAGGCUCAACUACGAAGUGAUAAUCCCAUCAUUUCGCUACAGGCCCAAGAUAAGUACGCUUCAGGCUUGCAGAUACUGCAACGCCUCUCUCAACACUGGCUGAUGGCAGCCUCAGUGUGGCGUCUGUUUCAAUUUGGCCCAAGAACAGAUGAUACUAGGACGACAACACAAGAAGUGUUGCCGAGUAUUGGAAAUCUCUUGGAGCGGAACUCAGCAAAUGAAGGGCACCAAUUGAUCGCAAACCAAACCGCGAGUAAACAGAACGCUGCGGAACAUGAAAUUUUAACAGAGGAAAGAGAGUGGAUCAAUUUUUUGUCAUUCGAAGAGGAGCAGCCAGGAGAUGUCCAUAUCCAGCCUAACAGAUGGGAGGAGAGUUCUUCAGAAUGGCAGUCUCUUUAUUGGCGAGACUCUUUGGGCGGUCUUGAUCUGCAGCAGCCGGACCCUCCAAGGAGUAUACCUUGA